AUGCAAUGGUUGAUAGUAUUUAGUUGCGUACUAAUAAGUUCUGUACAAAUAUUGUAUGAAUGUAAUUUUGAUAAUGCUAUUAUAUCCAACAAUUGUCUUUCUCCAGUAGGAAUCGGAGGAAUGCUUAUUGAUGAAACAAUGGGCAUUGCUGAUAGUCAGCCACCUACUUUGCCUUUAUCUGAUGUAACAUCAAGUCUUACACCAACAAGCAAUGGAGAAUUAUGCAUAUUACCAUACAAUGUUAAUAGUUAUACUUGGGACAUUACAGUACCUGGAUACAAAAUUUACUUUGAUUUUGAAAAAAUAUCUGGACCUGCUACAUCUCCGACAGUAAUUGCAAUCGAUGAAAUAUCAAUUCGUCAAGGAAGUUGUUUUGGUCAACAACGUGUAACUCAAGAUACAACAAAUAUAUUAACAACAUCAAUAGCAUCAACGACAAUCGAUGGUGAGACAGAAUCCACUACAGUAAAAACAUCCACUGUAUCGAUAAAAAUCACAACUACAAUUGAGCAAUCAACUGAAUCUUCAACCAUUAGUUCGGACAGUUCGAUUACAUCUAUUACAAGUACUACCUCUUCUACUGCAUUAACAACAAUUACUACAUCUACUUCUGAUAAUCAAUCUACAGAAUUCAAUAAUAUUUAUAUUAUUGUUUUGGCUACUGUCAUUCCUGUUGUCGUAGUUGCAAGUAUUGCGAUUACUGUUUGGAUUAAAAAGUUUCGUCCAAAGGAAAAAAUAUUACCAUCUACAUUGGAACUUAAUCAAGUAUCAAGAUGGCCAUCUUGA